AUGGACAUUCUCCUCUCUUCAGUUCUUGGUGAGCUCACAUCUAGAUCCAUAAAUUUCUUCACCAGCAAAGUCUCCAACAGGACUCUGUUCGACGUGAAGGAUCGCCUCCACAAGGUCUUGCUCAGGGCACAAGUUAUCAUUGAUGAGGCCAUGGGGCGGCACAUCACAAACCAAGCUAUGAUCAUCCAGCUGGGCAUGCUAAGAGAUGCCGUGCACCGAGGUUACUACAUGCUCGACACCUACAUAUACCAACCUAACAACGAGGAGGAAGCCAAAGAUCAGGUUAUGAGACAGUACUCUUCAUCUCUUUCAAUAGUAAAUUCUGUAAAGCGUCUAUGUCUGUCCUGUAGAGGUGAUCGUCUGGCUUUGAAAGAGCUUCAAGAGAUGGUCGACAAUUUAAGCUCCAUGAUCGUUGAUGCGAAUGAGCUCGUCCUGUUCUUGACAAGUUACCCUCGCCUCUAUCGCCAACCUUACAGCAUGCAUCUCCAACUGGCCUACUGCAUGUUUGGCCGCCAAAUGGAAGCACAACAAGUGAUCAACUUCUUGUUGCACCAACAACCUAAUAGUGUUGAGGAACUGGAUGUGAUGCCGAUUGUUGGAUCAGGCCAUGUCGGCAAGAGCACCCUUGUCGCUCAUGUUUGCAAGGAUGAAAGAGUACGUGCUCAUUUCUCAGGAAUCUUGUACUUUGACAUCCAGGGUUUCGCAGAUGACGACCUAGCUGCUUUCAAAGAUGAAUGUGAACUCAAACAUCGAAAUCUCGUAUCUGAGUCAAACUUGGAAGGAAGGCUGCUCAUUGUUAUUGAGUUAAUUGGGGAUAUUAAUGAAGAUUCAUGGAGUAGGUUGUAUUCUACUUCUAAAGAGUAUGCACCAAAGGGUAGUAAAAUCAUAGUGACAAGCCGGUUUGAAAAUAUUGUUAAAUAUGGAACAGCACAAACUCUAACUAUGAAGUAUCUCUCCCAUGAGGCAUUUUGGUAUUUCUUCAAGACACUUACGUUUGGAAGCAUGGAUCCUAAGAUGCACCCAAGGCUCACACACAUGGCUAUGGAAAUAGCUAGGAUGAUUCUUGCUGUCUUGAGAGGGUAUCAUCGGAUCCAUUUCUCCAGAUUUGAUGAGCAUCCGUGUGAUCGUCUAAACCAGAAUAGACCUGCACUUAUUAUGAGAUUGAGUACAUCAUCUCAAGAGAUUGUGCUUGGUCAUCGGUAUCAACGCUUUUCAGAAGAAGAGGUUCCGACGAUGAAAAUCCAAGAUGUAAUGUAUGGAAGUGUAAAGGUUGAUGGAAAAUUUGAGGUGCUAUGGAGGUCUCCUAUACCACCCUACUAUAGUUAUGUCCACACUUAUUGGUCGAUCGGUGGUGUCAAGGACCGCAGAAGGGAGAAGCUCUCACUUGCAUGCUCCGUUUCCAUGUGCAGCAACGCCGAUCUGGGUUUUGGGUGCCGGCCCGAAUGCAAGUACAGAGUGAAGUUGCUAGCAGACAAGCAGCAUCUAAGUUUUCAGGCAUGGAAGAAGGAAUGCAUGGUUAACUGA